AUGACCUUUGAAGGACUUCAAGAACGCCUUACGGCCCUGCAGGAGACGACAUCCCAGCUCAGGGAUCUCAUCGACCGACUGGACCACCUCGACUUCCAGCCCGGAUCGGUGCCGCUCGACGCCAGCAACGAAGAUGGGGAGCUCAGCGCCGAGAUUGGCGUGCUCCUAAGGGACGGGGACGAGGAGACGGAGCUUCUGGGGGAGGAGGUGGAGGAUCUACGUCACGAGGAUAAGGCCAGGUUGAAGGAGAGCGUUGAGCGGCAGCAGCAAGAGUUGGAGAGAUGCCGUAGGCAGUUCCGAAAAGCUCGUCUGGAAGCCAAGAAGAGGCUUGUGCAUGCUCAACGACUAGAGCGAGAGCUCGUGGUGCAGUCGUACUCUCUCCCCGCAUCGGGAGUACAGACGCCUACGACGGGUGAAGAUGGCGGGAACCACGAUGUCGACGACGGCACGGUAAACAGCGACAGGCAGACGCAGACGCAAGCCCAGCUACGACAACGGCUAUUCCCCAACCGAAAGGCGAGAUACGACCAGGGUCAGCAGCAGAUGAGCGGUCUCUCGGAGAAGGACAGGCAGACGGUCGGGGCGAGCAGCCGGGUGACGGACUCGCUGCGUCAGAUGCACGCGUCCCUGCAGGCGGAGCUGGAGCGCAGCGAGUACGCCAACCGGACGAUGCAGGAGUCGACGGCGGCCUUCCACCAGCUCCACGAAUCGUACAGCUCGCUCGAGACGAUGCUCACCAGCUCGCGCGACCUGCUGGGCACGCUGCUCCGGUCCCAGAAGAGCGACACGUGGUACCUCACCACGGCGCUGUACAUGCUCGUCGUCGUCGGGGCAUGGCUCGUCUUUCGGCGCCUGCUGUACGGACCGCUCUGGUGGCUCGUCUGGCUGCCGCUACGGGUGGUCUUUGGCGUCGGGGUCAAGACUGGGAGCGCCGUCGUGGGCCGCAGCGGCAGCGGCAGCGGCGCCGGCAGCCAUUCGGAGCAGACUAUGACGGGGAUGGCAGAGGUUACAUACACCGAUGUCGACGGCCUCGGUCUCCCGGAGCUUCCUACCGCAAAGGUUGGGGAGCAGCUAGAGGAUGAUGGUGACGGGCUCAUGGAACAUGUGGCGGAGGUGGUAGAGGAGCACAUGCCGUCUUCGCCGCCGCCGCAGCAGCAGCAGCAGGAGGUUGACGAUGAUGAUAUAAGACAGAGGGAUGAGUUGUAG